GAGAGCAGUGACGGAGGAGGGUUGUCAGCCCGUCGACAAGAGCCCACCACUAUUUUAAGCUUAAAAAAACAACCCAAGACAAAGCACUCUGCCGUCCUGGAACACGCAGUACUUUCCCGAUUUUUUCUGUCUCAACAAAUAAAUGCUCGACAUAGGCAUCAGAGAAAUAAAACACGUGAAAAACAAGGACCAUUUUAUGAACGGAAACAAAAGUGCUCUGCCCAUUCAGCACCAAGAUAACGCGCACGGAGCCUCUCAAUGCAUACCCUCUGUGCUCGGGGAACGAUGAAGCCAGAGAUAAGCGCCGCCGUCGGGUUUCUCUCGAGAUUCCUGCGGAUUAAAGGACAUGUGAACGACAGACAGCUCCAGUCAUUCAACCAGUCUUUACAGGACAUCCUGUCAGAGCAAUACAAGCACCACUGGUUCCCGGACCGUCCCAACAAGGGUUCUGGGUACCGCUGCAUACGUAUCAACCACAAGAUGGACCCUCUGGUUGGGCAAGCUGGCCAGCGUAUUGGGCUGAGCAUUCAGCAGCUCUACGUUCUGCUUCCUAGCGAGCUCACAUUGUGGGUCGACCCGUUCGAGGUUUCCUACCGCAUCGGUGAGGAUGGGUCCAUCUGUGUGCUCUACGAGUCCAAUCCCAGCACCAGCGGAAACGGCAACAUCACCACUGGAAACAGCAACCCAACCUCGUCUGUCACCCAGGUAUCGCCCAUGGUGGAGAGUCAUAUCAGCUGCAAGGAGGAACUGCUGGUUAUGGGUCGAACCAGCCCAGCAAAACCAUACAUGAUGACUGUGUCCAGCUAAAUGGGCCACUUGUCAUUUUUAAGAUAACAUGAAAUAAAAAAGAGAGAAAGAAGAAAGAAAAAAAAAACAGGAUGUGUCCAAUCGUCCAGGUGAUGGAAACCUUGUAGGUUUAAUUUUCACUCGUUUGGUUGUCUGUUCAGUUCUUGUGUUGGAUCUACCAGAGGCUUUACUCUUGGGCAGCUAUGAAGACCAGAGACAUCGCCCCCACCUCAUGACUGGCCCACUCCCAUGGCAGUCUUGGGGCUUUACACCAUCGUCUGCCGAUGUUAAAUUUGCACUUUUGCUUUCAAUGUUUAUGUUAUUACAUGAACACAAACUCCCUCAAAAAUGUUAAGAAUUUAUGCUCAGAAUCCUGUUUCAUUAUCCCACUGUUCGCUGUCGAGCUGAAGCCCAGACCUGCAGUCAGUUGCGCUAAAGUUUAGUAGCUGCUAUGAGCCUCUUUUCUAAAAACCUCACAUUUUGUCUUUCUGUAAUUUUCUUAAUUUCUCAGUGUCUGGUUUGCUGCCAGGCCUCCUCCUGGGCUUCAGGUCAACAAGAAUGGUUUCAAACCACCUCCAUCAUUUACACUGCCGCGGUGGAAUACCUGUGCCAUACUGUUAUCCUCGCUAGACUGUGAUGCAAAGGUUCUCAUGCUUGUAGCAUUUUCCAGGUGGGGUGGGACUCAAUCUUAGAUGAAUGUAAUUUAUAAGAAAAACAAAGAAAAAUCCAACAAUGACAAAAACGACGUAUUUAUGCCCCUUGUAAAACCAAAAUGAAAGAUGUAGCAAAGUUUUUUUGACUUAGAGCAGAUUUCAUGUUUAUUUUCUGCCUGGUUAGAAAAUACGUUGAAUGCACUUUUGACAUUUAGACUGUGUGGGAUGACAUUUAGAUUUGAUCCAGCUACAUUCCCCCCAUUUCUAUAUUAUCUCCUCAUUGAGUUUCACACUGUUUUCGUAAUUUGUUUUCUUGCUUACACUCUGCAAAGUGUAAAGUAGUUGCAAUAUUUUAGAAGCUAGAGAGAUAGAAACAUUUCAAACCAGGUUGUUCUUGCGUUCAGCUGCCAUUUUAUACUUUCAAAUGACUGUGAUGCACACAACUCAGGCUGGUUCACCAUUUGGAUAUCACAUGUACAAGGCUUUUGCUCAAAGGCAAAACUCAGCAACUACACAAGUCAUGUGGUCAGUCUUGACUGAAAUCAGGUCUGUUAGCCCAGUGGUUCUCAACCAGGGGGCUGGGAGCCUAGACCAUGUCAAAUGACUUUUAUAAUCUUGAAAUGAAUCAUGAGAAAGUAUUUUAAUCUAUUAACACUCCUAGUUUCUUCAGAAUUGGGCAUUUCAUUAUGGUCUUGGACAAUGGGGGACCUUUGAGUCAAAAAUUUGAGAACCACUGUCUUGGACUAUGAUCUGUCCUGAGACUGGUGGUUUUGGCACAACUUUUCUCAGAUUCAGAGACCAAGGAGUGUAAAAAUUGUAGUUACUAUAAAAUCCACAAUAAAAUCAAGCAACUGAUGACAAUUUCAGUGUUGCCGUAGUUACCGCGCUUUGCCUUUGUAGAGCAGAUAUGUCUCUCUGUGGCUAACAUAAAACAGCUAAUUCAGUGGGAAAGCUAGGCAAAAAAACAAUAGACAUCUCGCUGUUGAAAAACCUGGAAACCUUGUUUACGAGACCAGUGUUUCCCAUCCCAUUGUUUUUAAAGCCACUAAACAAAGACAGACUGGAAAAGCAGAUGUUGACUCCUUGUUUGCACACCGAAUUGCAGGGCCCACCAUGUUUAGAGGUUGAUCAUGGUGCUUGCUUUUUCACAGAGGGUCUUUAGCCAGAAUAACAGCUAAGUGUCAAUGGUCUCAGUCUUAACUAGGAGCGCGUGGUCAAACAUAUCAUCUUCCUCUCUAGGCUGGGUGUAGGAGGGGGUAGGACCCUCAUAACAGGGCAGCUACAAUCCGAUCCAGCCCCCUUCCUCACAGCCCGGAGGAGAGCCAGCACACACACUGCACGCACUCCAAACUCACUGAGCCUUACGUACAGGACCAAGACCAAGACAGAUAAUAAUAUAAAAUGGGGCGAGAAAGAUUCGCUGGUGGAUUUGUGCUGAAUCAGUUUACAUUCGUUGGUGUGAGUGGGUGGACAUGAGUGUGUGCAAGUGUGUGAAAUGGACUGCUCUUGCCUUAGCCGUUUAGCUGCCGAGACAGGGUGCUGAUUAACAGUCCUAUAUGUGUGCUAAUACCUUUGACCCCAGAGGAUCAUGAGUAACAGAGCUGGGUUGUUGUUGCACUGCCUUUCUUCCUUGUUCCUUAUUGGUCCAUCAGAUAUUUAAGACAGGAGAGCCCAUUUUACAAGCGAAACCACAGUGUACAUGAUUCUUAAAUCCAAAUUUGCAUUUUAAACAUUUGUCGAAGCAAUUUCAAACACCCGAGAUAGUCCGACAAUCUGCAUUUUGGAUGCAGUUUGCCAUCCCACUCCUAUGAAUACUUUUUUGAACUCCGACAGGCAGCCCACACCCACCUCCUCACCUGCCCCAAUGGUUUUAAUGUUUAAACAUUUUAACCACAGUCUGGUGAUCUUAACAAAAUUUGAACAGACAAUUCAAGUGCUUUUAGAUCUAUGCUUUUUAAACUACUAAGGAUUGUUAUUUUACCCCCCACCACCUCCACCGAAAUAAUGACAUCAUCAAACAGAUUUCACUUCACCAUUCUGUAACCUGUUUCAGUUCAGUAAGCGUUUGCACACAAGUUGUAGUAUCGUUUUGAGUCUAAAGUCUAAUUCAAGGCAAGAGCACAUGAAAUGCACUUAUAGGUUAACAUUGAAGUUAUGUGACUUUGAGACAGCUGAGUCUCUAUUGGAAUGUAUUGCCAAGCUCAGGCCACAGACAUUCAUUGCAACCCUUAUGGAUGUGCAGGUUAAGAUGUGAAAAAUAGAAGGGAACUAUUUGGUUCAAAAUUCUGUCAGUCAUUUUAGAAGUUAUUCGAGUUAUUGUCACUUUCACAUUCAAAGUGUUUCCAUAUUUGUAGAAUGUAUUGUUAUUGUACAACAUAUGGUAUGCUAAGUACAUAACCAUACAUAUGGGAAGUGCCAAUAAUUGAUAUUUUGCUGUGUAGACGUGUUCCUUUUUGUAUUUCAUAUUUGAACAUGUAUUCCUCUUUCAUAAGUGAAGCCAUUUGUGUUAGGAGUGUUGGAGAGGACCAAAGUAGUUUUGGUAAAAAACAAACAAACAAAAAAACAUAUCAGUUUCCAUACUCUGUGCUGAUAGACUUUCCUUGUUUGAGUUUUUUUUUUCCCCCUCUUUUCUUUCUUUCUUUUUUUCAAUUAAAACAACAAAAAAAGAAAGAUUCUGAGCUACCCAAGAUAAAGCUGUCUGUAUCUUGUGAUUUUUCUCAUCUGUACAUCUCUUGUGUUCAUACUUUGAUUAUUCAUUCUUGGGUAUGUUGUGAUGAACUGCUGUAAAUUUGUACAGUUCAUGUAAAUUGAUUGUUCGGAAGUUGUACAGAUUUCUAUAUUUUGGAAGAAACGUUUUUUUUUCUCUGUAAUAAAAGAUUUCCUAUCUUG